UUAUAUUAAACGUGGUUCACUCAUUCAAUAUUACAGAAUGUGCAUAUAUAUUAAUUUUUUUUUUAAAAUAAAAGGUGUGUCACCUGACACCCCUUUGACUAACAUAGGUCCGCCUCUGGCUCGAGGUGAAGACGGGUUCGUGACAUGGGGCGAUAACUACUACACAACAUGGGGACAUCCAGCUUUGGUUAUUAAUGAAACCUCUGAGCUCCAGCUCACCCUCGAUCAUAAAUCUGGGUCCGGGUUUGAGUCCUACAAGAUAUACGGAUCAGGAUCUUUCAACAUCAGAAUCAAGGCACCCCAAAGCAAGUCUACGAAAGUGACUACUUCCUUCUACCUAAGAUCCAAAUCAAGCCGCAAUGACGGGCUCUGUUUCCAGAUUUUUGGAAACAAAACAGCGUAUUUGCUGAAUACAAAUAUAUUUGUAUACGGUGAAGGAGAUAAAUAUCAGAGGUUUCGUCUUUGGUUUGAUCCAACCAAAGAUUAUCAUUCCUAUAGGUUUCUUUGGAACCCAUAUCAAGUUGUGUUCUAUGUAGAUGAUACAGCCAUCCGGGUGUACAAGAAGAAUCCAGACAUUUACUACCCAUCGGUGCAGACGAUGUUCAUGCAUGGCAGUGUGGAAAACGGAACAAUGGUUGACCCUAUGGAGAUGUCUUGCACUGCUAAGUUCCAGGCAUCAAAGAUCGAUGGGUGUGCGACUGAGUUUAUGAGCAUAGAUAAAUGCUUUAGUCUUGAAUACUGGUGGAACCGUAAAGAGAAUUGGGAGCUAAGCUCUAAAGAGAGGAAACUGUAUAUGAAUGCAAGGAAGGUUUACCUGGAUUACGACUAUUGCUUGGACAGAAAGCGAUAUCCAAAGGUGCCUCAAGAAUGCAGAAGUUACGGUUAGAGAAAGAUCAAUACUUUUCAAAGAGUCAUCAGCCUACAAAAACGAAAAACUUUGAGACAAGAACAAAUGUUAUUGUAACAUGCUUUGUAAUAAGUUGUUACUAUCAAAUAUUAGGAGUAUCAUUUAAAAUGACUACUCUGUUGCCAUCGCUAGCUAAUUAGUUGUAUUGAUUUUACUACAGUAACAUUACAAGUUAACAGAGAUACAAGAGUUGUGUUUUA